GAUGAUGAUAUCCUACGGCGUCAUGGUCAACCUUUCUUGGAUACUUAUCGACAUUAUACGACUUUAUGUUCCUUACAUGACAAGGCUUUACGCGUCUAUGCUCAGGGACGAAGACCAUUGACACAACAACGACAACAACAACAAGAAGAAGAAGAAGAAGAAAAUACAUUGACUCAGAACGAAAUGUAUGAAAUCAUGAGAUUUUCUCGUCUUUUGCAUUUUUGUCGUGCACCAUUCUUACUUUUUGAAUCAAACAAGGAUGAUCAGCAACGAAAGUCGGAUGGACCAACAACCAAGGAAUGGUAUCGGACACUUCUUCAUCAUUUUGUCGUUAAAUAUUCGGAAUACCUGGAAAAAUUGGACCUUCAGCUGGUGCAAUUCAAGUCGGACGAGAAAGAUGAGGAUGAUACUAUCAGCCCUGAUGAUACAUCACAUUUGAUUCUAUCUUCGUUCGAUAUCGGUGGCGGGCAAACAAUCGACUUUCCAUCUACAUAUUUGCUCAAGGUAUUUGAUAUUGGAUCAAUAAUCUGUGAAGUGCGGUUUAUUCGAACAUUUGUGUCAGUGUCUUUGUAUGGCUUACCACGUGAACUAUCAAAUACUGGGUGUGCUUCUUCUCCUAUGGAAACUAUUGAACGUGCUAGAUUCAAGGUGUUCGAAGAAAGUAUGGGACAAUUGAAGCAUUGGAUUCAUAUUCAUUCCUUUGUAUAUGACUUUCAUAUCUAUUACCUUCAACAGCUACUCACUGAACUUGAUGAUCAUGUAUCACUACCUACUGGAAUUCAUCUCUUAGCCACUCUCGAUCACUUUUGUCCUUAUUAUACGUCUGCUCAGUAUGCAUCAAAUCGAUUAUUCAGUGGUGUUUAUGAACUCAAGCAACAAUCCGACCAAAUGGAUCUAAGUAUUUUUUUCAAGUACUUAUUCAAUGAAGCUAGUCAAUAUGGUGUUACACGUAUCAUGGAAGGAAAUACAUGUGUUGCCGUUACUACUUCUUCUUCUUCCUCUUCUGAUGUAUCCUAUACGUUGAUUUUAUGUCCUAUGGAACAAUCUACCACAAUUGGUCAAAGUUCGACGGAAUCCUCUAUGCCACAAACUGUCCUGUUAAGAUAUUUCCUUCUAGUUGUUUAUCCUUUUGAUAUGAUGGAUCAAGAUGCCACC